AUGAAUCUUAUUAAAAAAUUCAUGGAUCAAGGAAAUAAAUCAGAUUUACUGACUCUACCAUCUGGGGAGUUUGAUCUAUUAAGAUCAAAGAAAUCACCAAGGUCAUCGCUGGAAUGUAUUUACAGCGAUGCCUCAUUAUCAAUUAGGGAUGCAGGAAAAUUUCGUUACGAAUUGAUUGUUAAAAAAGUCUCUGACGAUGGUGAUACUAUCCUAGGUGAAGACGAUGAAGAUUUUUCAGAUGAUACCAGAAGUGUUUUAUCUGUUCAAUCAAAGAAAAAAGAAGAAGAAUGGUCAUUUUCCUUUUCUAAGGAUCUUGCAUUUUUGAAAACUUGGACUAAGAAAGGAGACGUUGCAUUUGUUUGGAAAAAUUUGAAUGGAGAUGAACUAGGUGAGAAAGUUCAAUUUGUAUUAUCUCAUGAUGUACAGCAUCAUGAUAUUGAAAGAUUUUUGGACGCGAUAUAUUGUUGUUAUUAUGAGUCUAAGUAUCAAAGACCUUCUUUGAGUGCAUCACCAGAAAUAAUGAAAGAGAUUGAACUUAUAUGUAAUACAGCAAGUGCAGUUUCAGAAGAUGACAGUGAUAGUGAUGAUAAUAUUCCCUCGGUUGAUAGAUAUGAUGGUUCUGAUCAUGAAGAGUUUACAGAUGCCAAUGAUUCAAUGGGUGCAAUUCGUAAUUCUCAAUCGAAAAAUUCCUUGAUACCUAAGAGGGCUCCAUCACCUCCUCAAAACGUACCAGAUGGGAAGCAAUUUUUAUUAUUGAACGCCGACCUUUAUCUAUUCGAUCCGAUGGCUGAAAAAUUUUUAAAACAAGAAAGCUCAUUAAAAGUUAGUAUUAUCGAUGUGGGUUCUUACAAUUACUGGCUAUCAGUUGAAGGGAAAGACAACAGACUAGGUACCGAUAUUUCUGCAAAUAUUAAUCCUACAUUCGAAUCCUCUAAAAAAUCAUUUGUUUUCAACUAUACGUUCGAAAAUAUUACUUUAUCAUAUAUGUUAAGAUUUAUUGAUGUUAAGGAUUUCAAAAAAUUCCGUUCAACUUGGACAGAAACCGUCUGGAUGUCUUUGAAUAGAGACGAUUGGAACACCCUACCUGCCAUAGAAAAAGAGUACAUCAACGAUCCAGCUGAUUCUCUGACACAACAAUUAGACGACAUACUACAUAUCGAUGGAAGAAAUGAAGGACGUUCUGAAUCUGCUAUUGAUAGUUCUAGUUCUGAAGAAGACGAAGACGAAGACGAUAACAGCGAGUAUUCUUCUACACUAUUGUCAUCAACAAGUUUUGGUGAAGACAAUAAGUCUGUUUUAAGUGGGAAAAAUUCUACACGUGGUAAUCAAUCUCUUACGGUUUCUUCGAAAAACAAUAGAUCUUAUGUUAUUAGAGAUAAUAAGAUUGGUGUUUUCAAGACAGGUGAUGACCUGGAGUUUGUCACAACCAUCAAAAAUGUUACAAAUUUGAAAGGUGAUUCGUUUACUCCAUUAACCCCCAUGAUGUAUAUGGAAGAUUCUUCGAUGAUUCUAUCAGAUUCUCUAAACAAGAACAAAUUAUAUAAAAUGGAUCUGAAUAGAGGUUCUAUUGUUGAAGAAUGGGGUACAGGUGAUAAAGAUGUUGUCCAAUAUGGUCCAACAAAGAAAUUCGAUCAGUUAACAGCUGAACAAACCUUUGUGGGGGUUUCUUCUAAUGGAAUGUUUAAGAUUGAUCCAAGAAUAAGCAGUGGAAAUAAAAUUGCUGUCGAUCAAUCCAAAGAAUAUAAGAGUAAAUGUAACUUUAGUUCCAUUAGUACCACGGAGAGUGGGUAUGUUGCAGUUGGUUCUGAAAAGGGGGAUAUAAAAUUGUUUGAUCGUUUAGGUAUUCGUGCCAAGACAGCUAUACCUUCCUUGGGUGAACCAAUUAGGCAUAUGUGUACAUCGGCAGAUGGUAGUUGGCUAUUAGUAACUUGUGAUAAUAUGUUAAUGUUAAUGGAUCUUACUGUGAAAACUGGGAAGAAUCAAGGCUCAGUUGCUUUCUUGAAAUCAUUCCCGGCUGCUGAAAAUGCAAAGACUUAUAUUUUAAAGAUAAGUCCGGAGCAUGCUAGUUACAUGAUGACAUAUAUGAAAAAACCAAUUGUGUUCAGUAAAGCUUACUUCAAUACAGGUAUUGGUAAAACUGAGGAUUCUAUCCUAACGUCCACGGGUCCCUUUGCCAUUACAUGGUCUAUCAAAAGUAUAAUACAACAGGUUGAUAAGCCUUAUUCCGUAAAGAGAUAUGCAUCUGAUGUAGUUGAAGAUAAUUUUGAAUUCGGUUCUAAUAAAAAAGUGAUUGUUGCUUUGAAAGAUGAUGUUUCAAUGGCGAAGAUUAGAUCUUUCAAAAAACCAAAUAAAAAUAUAUUAAUUCCAAAGGAAACCAUAGACGAAUUUUAUCAAUGA